AUGACUUCAAUAGUUGAUGCGAUUGACCCAGCAAAGCAGUUUGUAUCGACGUUUGUCGAGUUGAUGGGCUUGUCGAAGGAUGCAGCACCGAGCCAGUUCUACUCCACGCUGGAUUACAACAAAUUGCCCUCAUUGGGUCCAAGUUUGCCCAAGUUCAGCUACAAAUUCCCGCAUUCGUCACAGGCUCCAGCAGCAGCGGCGGCGGUGCAUAAUACAAGUCCGAUCAACCUCAAUUUCAAAUCCAUCAAGCCACCGCACAAGUUCUCCGCCAGUUUGCAAGUGCCCGCGAACUUCACCAUCUACAAAGUGAAGCAGUUGUUGAUUCAUUCGGUUGAAACUUUGAGAAACGCGCGAUUGGAUCCACUGGGCGUGAAGUUGAUGGUCAAGUCCAAGGUUUUGCUGGAUACUACCACGUUGGCCAGUUUGUUGAGCAGUGACGAUCAAGCCGAGUUGAGUUUCAGCUGUCUUGUUGUGUCGUCUGGUAGUGCCAACACUACCACUAAGGCGCCAGUGGCGGGAAAACUGGAGGAGCAAGACCCCGAGCAAGACCUUGAAGAUGGCGCGGGGCCGCUGCUGAUUAUUUCCAGUGCUACGUGGCUGAAGAUUGCGGGACUUUUACUGGGCGAUGUCAAGGACCCUUCCAGAGUCGAAGCUAUCCUUGAAGGGUUUAAGAAGAGCGUAUAG